UGUAGACCAGGCUAGCCUUGAACUCUCAAACUCAGAAAUCCGCCUGCCUCUGCCUCCCAAGUGCUGGGAUUAAAGGCGUGCGCCACCACUGCCCGGCUGCCCAGUCCCACUUCUUAUCUGUUCCCCUGAAUCUGCCUCUUGCUCUGUGGAUGAUAUGAUGAUUCUGAGGGGGUGCUGGGUACCCGUGGAGGAAAGGACACCGUAAGGACAUCUGUUUGGCAGUCAGUAUGGAAGUCUUUCAGUUAUUUGUAAUCUUUUUGUGUAUUGCCUGUGCAUGUCAUGCGUUCGGGUGCCAGAGGCCAGUGUCUCUGUCACUCUCCACCAUGUGUUUUGAGACAGGGACUUUCACUGAACCUUGGCUAGGAUGGCCAGUGAGCGCCACGGAUCUGCCUGCCUCCACCCCUCCAGCACUGUUAUUACCGACCGGUGCCACCUGCUUCGUUCUUUGUGUACCUACUGGCACAGCACACACUUUAUCAACUGAGCCAUCUCCCGGGUUUCCCCCAACCUCCUUAUAUGAGACAGGCUUUCACUGUGUAGCUCAGGCUACCCUUCAACCUUCCAUUCUCUUGCCUCAGAGAACUGGGGUUCUCUGAGUAUAUUUUACCAUCUCCAAUCUGGACAUAUUUCCAUGUUUUACCAAGUAGGACAUGAGAAUUUUAUUAAUGACCCCAUUCGUUUUGGGGGCUCUCUGCUCUAUUACCCCUCCCAGGUUAGGCCCAUAUAAAGAUCUUUCUAGAAGACUUGGGACCCUGAAGAUCUUAAUUAGAUGUCUCCAACCUUGGGAUAAAGAGCUGCCAAGUGGGAGCAUCCCAAGUGUUGUUCUGGAGAGGAGCAUGGCUUCAGAGAAACACCCACAAGGCAGCAGCCUGCUUGGGAUAGGGGUAGUGUGUUGGCCCACUGGCCCUGAUUUUGGCCCCCUGGAUCUCCAGCACUCUGACUCUGGUCUGGAAGUACUGGAAGCUGAACAGGACAGUCUACAUCUUUGUCUGUUGAGGUUGAACUUCCGGCUACAGGACCUGGAACAAGGCCUUGGAUCUUGGACGCUGGCCCACAACAGGAUGGUCCAGCUGCAGGCCCUGCAGGCAGAGCUCCGAGGGGCAGCUGACCGUGUCGAUGCAUUGCUUGCAUUUGGUGAGGGCCUGGCAGAGAGGAGUGAGCCCAGGGCCUGGGCAUCCCUGGAGCAGGUCCUGAGGGCCCUUGGAACCCACCGAGACACCAUCUUCCAACGGCUCUGGCAGCUGCAGGCUCAGUUGAUCAGCUAUAGCCUGGUGCUUGAGAAGGCCAACCUCCUGGACCAGGAUUUGGAAGUUGAGGGAGACUCAGACGGGCCAGCAGCUGGUGGAGUCUGGGGGCCCUGGGCACCCAGUACCUUCCCCACUCCCGCAGAGUUGGAGUGGGACCCAGCAGGGGAUGUUGGGGGUCUUGGGCCCUCAGGGCAAAAGAUAUCUCGGAUACCAGGAGUUCCCUGUGAGCUGUGUGGCUACAGGGGACCCCAGAGCAGUGGACAGGGCCUUGAGGACCUGCUCUCAUUGGGGCUUGGCCACCGGAAACAUUUAGCGGCUCACCACCGAAGGCGUCUCCGGAAGCCUCAGGACAAGAAGAGGCAAGUAUCUCCCAGUCUGCCUGAUGUAAUGCUGCAAGUGGAUCAUGGGGUCCCAACUCCUGCAUCUAGGCGGCCCCUGACCCUCUUCUUCCUCCUUCUCUUCCUCCUUCUGGUGGGUGCCACGCUGUUGCUGCCCUUGUCGGGGGUCCCCUGCUGUUCCCAUGCCCGGCUGGCCAGGACACCCUACCUGGUGCUCAGCUAUGUCAAUGGUCUCCCUCCAAUCUGAGUCCACCAGCCCAGACACGUGCAUUAAAUGGUCCCUUUCAAGAGGUCA